AUGGCUUUGAAGAUCGCCCUCCUCGUGUCCUCCACCGUGGCCGCCGUGGCCAUCACCCUGAAGGAGGCGCAGGUUCAAGACAGUGUGGCCUUUGCCGCAGCGAAUGAAACGCUGGGCGGCUAUGUCGCAUGCAACCGCCCCCACGCGUGGUGCAGCACCAAUGACAAUUCCCACACCUAUCUCCAUGAGGACUGCAACGGUGAUGGUUUGCUCGAUCAGGUGUGCUAUUGGAAGGGCCACGUUUGGAUGAGGCUCAGCGGCCAUUGUGAGGCUCUCAACAACGGACACAAGACGAACCCCAAAUGCGAUAAGAUCAAGGAGAUGGCUGAAGAUGCCCAAAAGUACAUCUAUAUCACCGGCACUGAUCAUAACAUCUACCGUCAACCACUGGCGGGGCUUUCACCCUCCACGAAUUGGGAGCUCGUGGGAAGUCCAGCUGUGAUUUCACUGAUCAGUGCAAAGGACUAUUUCAUUGGGGUUGGAACGGACAAAAAGCUCUACGGUCAGCCCUUCUCACUGCUGAAAACAAUGAGCAAAUGGGUGAAAGCCCCCUUGGCUCGUGGAGAUAUCCUCGAUGGAGAUACGGUGGACGACACGUUCUACGGCGUGGGUACAAAUGGUUUGAUCUACAGCCAGAGCAUUAGCGGGAUGCACGCCAGUUCCCAUUGGAGCCAGGCCACGUCCAGUGGCCAUGUCUCGUCGAUUGCCAUCCACCGGGGCAGCAACUUCCUCUAUGGAGCCAACCGGGAUGGAGCCAUCUAUAAGAUUCCUGCCAACAAUUUGGGGGCCAAUGGUUGGCUACUCGUCCAGGACAAGGCUGAUUGCUUCCACAUCUCAAUUUCAGGCGAUGACAUCUACUGCCGGACAGCAGCCAAGGAGAUCAACCACCAGAAGGUCUCGACGCUGACGGCCUCGAGUACUUGGACGAAGAUCGCCAAGGGCGCUGCCGUGUCGGUGAUGGUGCCACAGGUGACCCUUUGCCAGGGUGAGUUGCUUUCCGAGCAGGACGACGAUUUUGCCUGCGACAAGAUCACCAGCGCUGAGAAAUGUGCCAAGCGCUACGAGCGUUCCGGCAAAAGUGACGUUUACCUUCAAUGUGUACCAAGCGCGGCCGGCAAAGGCAGUGCUAUCAUCAACUGCCUCGCCAGGGAACAUUGCGUGCCCCGCUGA